CACAAAUGUGAAUCGGGAACAGGUGAUAGAUUAUAACAAGUAUCUGAGUUAUCUUUUCAAAGUUGUCUUAAUUUUGAAUUAUACCUAUACUAACAUCUUUAGUGAUGAUGGAUCUAAGUUCUCCUGUUAAGCGUCACUUGAUGCCUUUACCACAAGUGGAAAAAAUCAAACUGGAAAUAGCUGAGAAAGAUAAAGAUCCACAACUACAAAAAUUCCUGUCAUACUCGUUAGAAAGUCAGAGAAGGCAGCAGGUCAAUUUACUAAAUAUCAAGCGAGCACAUGCUGAAUACAGAAGAACACAAACUAAAUUAGCCACAUUACCAAUUCCAAGAGAAUCACCGUUUGUACCGAAUUUUAUGGUUAGCGAGGAGCUAAAACUAACAAAAAACUACAACCUUAUGAAAUCUUAUGUAGAAAGUAGCAUAAUACCUGAAAUUCAGGAUGACUGGUUGCAAAAUGUUUUGGCGAAAACUCCGUCAAAGCUAAAAAUUGGAAGAGAAUACAAAUUAAAUGAAAUCUUGAUAGAAGUUAAAGAACACUUUUUGGAGAGCUUGAGAAAAUCUUUGACUUCUCAAACUUUAAAGCGACCGAAUCUUUCUCAAUUUUCAGAAGAUAAAUCCAUUGGCAAAAGAGAAUUUUCAAGUAUAAUAAGUUCUCACCAGUCGUGGCAUUCCGAUCUUGUCAAGUAUAAAAAAGAACUUGUUUCUCAACUAAUAAUAACACACCAUCACAUGCAGAAGAUUUUGUGUUUAUGCCAUCAAGAAUUUUCUAGUAUGAGAUUAACUAACGUUCUGAAAUACAGAGAAUUGGGAGCUAUCGAUUUUGGUGAACUACGAACCUUAGUACAAAAAGAGAUAGACACGAAAUGUGAAUACCUGCUGCAUAACUGGUACCCGAGGAUACUCAAAUUAUUCUCGGACAAAAAGUCCGUACCAAAGUUGAAGACAAAAAAUCUUGAAAAAUUCUUCAAUUGUGUUUCAACACUAUUAUCUAUUCAGAUAAAGCAAUUCUUGCAAAGAAAUCUAUUGGAAUGGGUCGAAAUUUUUGACGAGGAUCACAAAGAAUACCUUCCGAUUUUAAAAAUGUACCUGACUUAUGAGGAUCAAACCAUCCUUUUCUAUCCUAGUUUCAGUGAUCUUGAAGAUUUAAUAUUUUUAAUUACUGGGCUCAUCUCCAAUUCUCUUCAGAAUUACAUUCAUGAAACAUCAGAUACGAAUAUGAUGACAAUUGUUUUGGGAUUCGGAUUUCCAAACAUUACUGAAAAGAAUAACAAAGCACUAUUAACUAUUUUUAUACAGAUGUUUUCAUUUAGGCUUUGUGAGUUCAAAUGAUCUGCUAGCUUCAGGAACAUAUAAUGACUAACAUAAACCUCUUGGAUGUAUAUUUUCUUACUGUGUUAAUACAACAAUAUCGUUUCCCA